AUGGGCGUCGCCAAGAUCAUCGGCAAGGUCAUCAUCAUUCCCAUCCUCUUCUGCAUCUUCGUCGGAUGCGUCAUAUACUUCCUCAUCAAGUAUCGACGGGACCGCAAGCGCGAGAAGAAGGAGGAUGCGAUCCGCGCCCAGCAGUUUCAGCAACAGCAGCAAUACGUGCAGUAUCAGACGCAGCAGGCGGUGGCGGCGCAGUACGGGCAGUCGCCGUACUACCAUCAAGCGACCGCCGACGACUCGACGAUGAAGAGGCCCGAGCCGGUGUUCUAUCCGGUGCAGGCUCAUGCGGGGACGGAGGGGGUUUGA